AUGCUCCGAGCUUUCUUGGUCCAACGGAUGUUCGCCCGAUCACCGGUCCUUAUGAACUUGGACGCGCUCGUGCGUACGAACACAUACAGACCACUCAACAGGCAAUCAUUCCUUCAUCUCAGAGCUGUCCUGACGAGGACGAGGUUUCUCUCGGCGCAAGUCGCAUCAGAAGAAACAUCAAGUAGUCAACCUGUCUGCACAGACUUUGAGGAACGCGAAGAUCCUGCAAAGCGGACUGGCAUCGAGCGGUAUGGGCCACCAAGGAAUCUUUACAAACAUCAGGAAGAGACCAUCCAAGCUUGCCUUGGUGCAUUUCGCGAUGGUUUGACCAGAGUCGCUGUUCAGUUGCCCACAGGAAGUGGAAAAACAUUCAUAUUCGCCAAUCUGAUUCCACUAGUGUAUCAACAGCAGGAUCGUAUCGACGGUUGGGGUCGGCACCGGACAUUGAUAUUGGUAGAUGGAAUUGAGCUACUAGACCAAGCUGAAAAGGAGAUCAAGCAAGUUUUGGGCAAAGAUUGGUCAGUCGAUGUCGAGCAGGGGUUCAGGAUGAGUCCUGGUACAGCUGAUAUUACGAUAGCGACGAUACAGACAUUGAGCAAAUCAAAUAGUUUAUCGAAAUAUGAUCCAUCCGAGUUCGGACUCAUCGUCGUUGAUGAAUCUCAUCAUUCUGCUUCAAUGUCAUGGCUUAAGCUACUCUAUCAUUUCAAUCGAGAGAUCGAUUUACCAGCCCACAUCGAGCCAUUCACCCUUGAACACCCAUUCGCCAAAGUACCGAUAGUAGGUUUCUCAGCUACACUCGCCCGACAUGAUGGACUAUCGCUACUUCCCGUAUAUCAGAAACUCGUAUAUCAUCAGGAUAUAAGCUACAUGCUGGAAAAUGGUAUACUAUCUCCUUAUAUCGAAACGACAGUGAAAGCAACUUUGAACUUGGACAGUGUGACGAAGAAGAAGAAGAAGAGGACGAAGGAAGAAGGUAGAAAGAGAAAGAGUAGAAAUGGAAAACAAGACCAAAACAAAGAGGAAGAGAGCAUUCACGAUAACGAUCAGCAUUAUGAUUUCAGUCCUACACCCUUGGCAAGAAAAGUCAAUACCCAUGAAGUUAAUCAAUUGGUAGUAAGGACGUGGUUGGAAAAGUGCACUAUGAGAAGAUCAACAUUGACAUUUUGCGUCAAUCGUCAACACAUCGAAGAUCUCGUACAAGCAUUCAAAGAUGCAGGUAUAGAUGCAAGAGGGAUAUCUGGGUAUACGAAAUUGGAAGAACGUCAAAAGCUUGUUGAAGAUUUUAGGAAAGGGGUAUUCCCUGUCUUGAUCAAUUGCAGACUUAUGACCGAGGGUACGAAUAUUCCUGAGAUCGAUUGUAUACUGGAUGUUUGUCCAACACAAAGCAGACCUUUGCUCGUACAGAUGGUAGGAAGGGGUCUUCGAUUAUCCCCUCAUACGAACAAGGUGAAUUGUCAUAUCCUUUAUCUUGCCGAUGUCAAUCGAGGAUUAGGUUCAGAUUCGGUGGACGUUCUACCUACACUUGGUGGUAUCAUACUUCAAGAUAAACCAACCAAAAUUCCGUCACAUGGACUGAGCCUUGCAAGCCCCGAAGCACCAUACAAGGAAAACACAGAUCACGAUGCCGACUCUUUUGACGUUUCUUACAUGACCGAAGACGUGAACAAGAGAGGUCUAGUCAUUUCCGAACGAAGUCCUGCCAAGGUCCCUUAUAUGACCGAAAAUGCUUGGGUCGAAUGUGCUGAUCGAGAAUAUGUUUUAUCUGUAUUUGAACACGGCAAAAUCGUUAUUAACCGAUUGAUCCCAGCACAAGUACAAUAUAGGGUAUACUGCGCAACUGCCUCGGCCUCACGUGGACUCGAUUGGGAUUGGGAUGUUGAAGGACAUGUUGAGACGCUAGAAGACGCUUUCAAAUUAGGUGACAAGAUCGCCUUGGACGUAUUUGGAGAAGAGAUUAUCCUCAGUUAUCGAGAUUUGCCAAAUGGAGAUCCAACCGAGCUUCUAUCCCAGCAAUCAAACGAUACUUGUUUUCAAAAUUCAUAA